GGAUGGCAGCAUAUGUUUCUGCAAAACCUGUGUGUACCUUUCAGCAUUAAUGGUGUCUUCACAGAUGUGUAAGUUACCCAUGCCAUUGGCACUAACACAGCCCCACACCAUCACAGAUGCUGGCUUUUGAACUUUUCGUCCAUAACAGUCCGGAUGGUUCUUUUCCUCUUUGGCCUGGAGGACACGACGUCCACAAUUUCCAAAACCAAUUUGAAAUUUGGACUCGUCAGAUCACAGAACACUUUUCCACUUUGCAUCAGUCCAUCUUAGAUGAUCUCGGGCCCAGAGAAGCCGGCGGCGUUUCUGGGUGUUGUUGAUAAAUGGCUUUUGCUUUGCAUAGUAGAGUUUCAAGUUGCAAUUGCGGAUGUAGCGCCGAACUGUAUUUACUGUUUAACGUGUUGCAGCCAUAAAAUUCUAAGUACAUGAUUAUUUGCUAUAAUAUUUAUAUUUAUUUAUUUAUAUUUAUAAUAUUUGAUACAGUGGAACCUCAUAAGUUGAACGGUGAAUACAAUUCAGUGUAUCUGUAAAUGGUGGUGCCCUGUGGUUGACCAGUACAGGGUUUAUCCCGCCUCUCUUAUUAAAGUCAGCUGACAUAGGCUCCAACUCACCCGCAACCCCAAUAACGACAAGCUGUGUAGAAAAUGGAUGUGAAUAGUGAAGUUUGGACAGCUGCGACAGAGCGCAAAAACUGGCGUACAUAUCUUGACUGACAGAAACAAUCGUGGUGGGGAUAGAUACAUGAGGUUCAUUGACAUAUUUCAGUUGCCAGCGGUUAUCACUUGCUCAUUCUGUCUUUAAUAAGGGUACUCGCUCACGUUGUUUGUUGCCACACCAGUAAAGGGCAGUGACAAUGCUCCAGUCACUCAUGGAACAGUACGCCUUCUUCGCAGAGAUGUCGCCAUGCGAGGCUGUCAUUGUGCCGCAUUUAAAGGGAAUGAGAGGAACCGCUUUAAUAAGCGGCAAGUCAAGUCGGCUGUUUUCCCUCCCACAGUGGCAUAGACCGCCCUUUUUCUCAACACACUGACUUGUGCGCGUCUGCGAAAUUACCAAAACCUGGUCUAACCCCCCUCCCUGCUGUGCCGGAUUUAUGCCAGUCACGAAAAAAAGAGCCCAUCCACAGUCUCUGACCUCGCAGCCUUUAUGAAGUCAAAAUAAAACAAAGUAUGCGCUGCUUUUAUUUUCAUGUGCACGUGUGUCUGCAGUGCAAGCAAACGAGCAAUGACUUGUCUUAAGUGUUCCCAAAUUAGAUAUUGUUGCCGUAUUUAGUAACUUUUCUGACCAUUCUAGCAACUACCCCCCUGUGGCACAGUGGAGUUUUUAAGCUGCCACUGUGGUUCUUUGUAUUCUGAUGGAUUUUUAUUGAAAAUUUCAGUCGGACAGAACAAAGUUUAAAGGGGAGUGACAGAAAUAAACAAAGUGGAGAGAGAGUGAAAGAGACAAAGAGACAAAGAGACAAAGAGAAGACAACAAAAGACAGGACAAGGAAAUUGACAUUGUCUCGCAUGCACAAUAACGUUCAGAAGUGACCUGUAAUUGCUGCACCUGCACUGCCGGGCCUAAGGACCCCAGCCCACCCAGUCGAUAGGCGGAGUCAGGCCUAGGGGCCCACCAGAGAGUGGCCCAGUGGAUGGGACACCACCCACACUGAGGGACCCAGGGUGGUGCACCGGCCCCACCGAGGCACCUCAAAACCGGCCGGGCACCAAACCCCCCCUCGUUCACAAAUGAAAACACUACUCUUGCCCCAUCAACCUCUCUGCUCCCUCCGCCGCCCCCAAAAAGUGCAAAAUGCUUGGUAGGCAAAUGCGCACUGACACAUUUGGGUACGAUGUGCUUUUAAUAUUCACAGUGCUUGGUGCUCAUGCAAUCCUGUGCACCACUUAUUGAAUGUGCACCCCUGCUUAUAGAACAACAAACCUAUAGCUAUUGUCCAUUUCCCAUAUGUGGGUUCAAAUUCUGACCAAUUGUAGGCAGUUUGUUAAAAAGCCCUUAAUUCAGUGGCAGAUGGAUGUUGACAUGCCCAGGUGAGGCAGUUUCUUCACCAGAAUCUCUGGAAUAAUUGUAUUAAAGGCAGAGCUGAAGUCUAUGAAGAACAUCCUGGUGUACUUCCCCCAGUUCUGUGGCUCGGUGCAGUGUGCAGUGCUAUGCUGAUAGUGCCCUCGGUGGAGCAGUUUGCUCUGUGAGCAAACUAGCGGGGGCCGAAAGAUGUGGGCAUGGAGGACCUGAUGCGAAACUAGUCUCUCAAAACACUUCAUUGACACCUGCCUGGGCGUAACAGAGCUCCAGUUAUUGAGGCUGACCACUGCUGGCGUUUUGGGGACAGGGACAAAAAUGUAUGACUUUACACAUAAAGGGAUGAUGAUUUGUGACAGGGACAGGUUGAAGAUUCUAGUGAAGAAACCAGUAACUUCAUCGGCACAGACUCAGAAUACCCUCCAAGGUACUCCAUCAGGGCCAGUUUCUUUCUUGGGGUUCACUUUCCUCAGCGCCUGUCUCACUGCAUGAUCCUGAAUACCAGUGUGCUGUUUGUGGGGUUGUGUUCUUGCUAAUGAAUUUGUUGAGUGCCAGCGAGCCUCGAAGCGGGCAAAGAAACCGUUGAGUUCUUCAGCCAGCGUGGCAUAGGUUUUUACAAAUGCUUGGUUACUGCCUUUGUAAUUGGUGAUGUGGUUGAUGCCCUGUUAUUAUCAGUUUUCAAUAGAUCUUUGGAACUGUGUGAAGUCCAAUCCUGCUUCAAACACCAUUAUUCCAGACCCCAAGAAACCUGCAAUCUUUGGUCUGAAUGACUACACGGCCAUUUCCCUGACAUCUGUCUGUCACAAAGUCCUUUGAAAGCCUCCUGCUGCACCACCUAAAGAGUGUCACAGUAGCCCUGCUGGACUGCAUGCAGUUUGCCUACCGAGCAAAUAGGUUGGUGGAUAACGCAUUCGACAUGGGGCUGCAAUUCCUGGAACACCUCGACGGCAUAGAGACCUACGCGAGGAUCAUGUCUGUGGGUUUCGACUCUACGUUAAACACCAUUAUCCCUGAGUUCCUGUCCUCCAAGCUCCUCUAGAUCAGCGUCCGCCAGCCAUCUAUCAGAGGAUUUUAAGCAGCCUGACGGGAGGACACAGCAGGUGAGACUGGGGGAAACUACUUAAUUCACACACACCAUCAUCACCAAGGCCCCUUUCUCAGCUGCUCUUUUAUCUCCACAUAAACGACUGCACCUCAAAUCACCCAGCUGUCAAACUCCUGAAAUUUGCAGACGACACUACUGUUAUCGGCCUCAUCAAAGACAAUGUCGAGUCUGCAAAUCAACAGGAAGCGGAGGAGUUGGUAGUCUGGUGCACCCAACACAACCUGGAGCUGAACACGCUCAUGACUGUAAAGAGGAUCCUGGACUUCAGUAAACAUCCUUCGCCACAGCUGCCCCUCACACUGUCCAACUACCCUGUGUCAACCGUCGAGACUUUCAAGUUCCUGGGAAUUACAGUCUCUCAGGACCCUGAAGUAGGAGGCCAACAUCAACUCCAUGCUGAAAAAGGCCCAGCAGAAGACUACUUCCCGCGGCUGCUGAGGUAGCAAGGCCUGCCACAGGAGCUGUUGAGGCAGUUCCACACAGCGGUCAUUUAAUCAGUCCUGUGUUCUUCCAUCACAGUCUGGUUUGGUGCUGCUACAAAGAAAAACAAAAUCCGACUGCAACGGACAGUUAGGACUGUUGAAAAGAUUAUUGGUACACCCCUUCCCACUUUUGAGGACUUGCAUGGUGCAAGAAGUAAGACAAAGGCAGAUAAAAUUCUCCUGAACCACCCUCCUCCCACCCACACACGCACACACACAUCCUGGUUGAACUUUUCCAGCUCCUUCCCUCAUGUAGGCGCUAUGGAACAAUGCACACUAAAGCCCGCAGACAUUACAAUAGCUUCUUCCCUCUUUCCAUUAACUUCUUAAACAGUUAACUUACAAUUCCAUUGUGACAUGUAACAUGUUUGUCAUGAUCUGUGCCCUGCAGUUGCCUUUUUGGAGCUUGGGUGGCGCUUUGUGCCUCGCUUUCCUCUCUCUCUCUCUCUCUCUCUCUCUCUGUCUUUCCAGCAAUCACCGCCUCCUUGCCCGCGCACCUGUUCCCAAUAAGUAUUCAUCACUGCCUGCAUUUAAGCCUGCCUGACCCAGAGAUCCGGUGUCAGAGUAUUCCCACUCAUUCGUGGUACACAGGCUGACUCUCGAGACUACUCUUCCUGUUUCAACAGCCAGUCCGCAUCAUUGCAUCACAGUCGGCUCAGCCAACCUCUUUGCCAAAGCCUGUGCCUUCCGUCCAGCCCACCCCAAGACCUCUUCUCCCACCACACACACCACAUGCUGCUAGCCUUCCCAGCUGCCCUGGACGGGGCAAGAUGGGAAAGCUGUGUAAUCCUGAAGAGAUGACCUCAAAAGACUACUACUUUGACUCUUAUGCCCACUUUGGUAUCCACGAGGAGAUGCUGAAGGAUGAAGUAAGGACGCUUACCUACCGUAAUUCCAUGUACCACAACAAGCACGUGUUCAAGGACAAAAUAGUUCUGGAUGUUGGAAGCGGCACUGGGAUCUUAUCCAUGUUUGCAGCCAAAGCCGGAGCAAAGCAUGUGUAUGGGGUUGAAUGUUCCAGUAUUUCGGAAUACUCAGAAAGGAUCAUCAAGUCCAACCACCUUGACAGCGUGAUCACCAUCAUCAAUGGAAAAGUGGAGGAGGUGGAGCUCCCGGUGGACAAGGUUGACAUUAUUAUAUCAGAGUGGAUGGGCUAUUGUCUCUUCUACGAAUCCAUGCUGAACACGGUCAUCUUUGCCAGGGACAAGUGGCUGAAACCGGGUGGAUUGAUGUUUCCUGACCGUGCCUCUUUGUAUGUGUUGGCCAUCGAGGACAGGCAGUAUAAAGACUUCAAAAUACAUUGGUGGGAGAAUGUGUAUGGCUUCGACAUGACUUGUAUCCGUAAUGUGGCAAUGAAGGAGCCUCUGGUUGAUAUAGUGGACCCCAAACAGGUGGUGACCAACUCCUGCCUGGUCAAGGAGGUGGACAUCUACACGGUGAAAACUGAAGACCUCUCUUUCACAUCAGCGUUCUGCCUGCAGAUCCAGAGAAACGACUACAUUCAUGCACUGGUCACCUAUUUCAACAUCGAAUUCACCAAAUGUCACAAAAAGACCGGUUUCUCCACAGCUCCCGAUGCCGCGUACACCCACUGGAAGCAGACAGUGUUCUACCUGGAGGACUACUUGACUGUGCGAAGAGGAGAGGAAAUCACUGGCAGCAUUGCACUGAAGCCGAAUGACAAAAAUAUACGGGACUUGGACUUCACCUUUGAACUGGAUUUUAAAGGACAACUGUGCGAGGCAGCCAUAGUCCACGACUACAAGAUGCGUUAGGUUUUUGCGGAAAUUGCGGAUAUGGACACCUGAGGAGAAGAGGAAGCCAAAAUACCCUUCCUGGACCACAGACACACAGAAGAAGGUGCGACGAGGACAGAAGGAUGGGGCAGAGGAAGAGAAGUGGCCCCAUUCACAACUCGGUAGGGAUGCUGUCAGCAAGGAAGCCAUGGGCACAGACUGUUAAACAACUUUGAAUGUAAAAUUGGAAAAAAAAAAUAAUAAUAAAUUCUAACUUGUUCUGAGUUAGAUUCUUGCUGUACAUGUUGGUGAAAUGGAGUGCUGUAUCUGUGUCGUUUGUUUUUCACCAUAACUUGGACCUCAGUGGGUAGGUGGCUGUACGUCAAUUUAAUCAUGUAUUGUCUAUGUUUUGUUUGUGGCAUAUUUUUAUUUGGUUGUGUUUGACCUUGUGCAGGCAAUCAGAUAAGCCAUUUAGUUUGUAGUUGUAUCAGUUAAUGUUCAGUAAUAGUAAAAAAAAAUAUAUAUAUAUAUUUAUAUAUAUAUAUUCUUCUGACCACCACAGCCAAGGACAAACCUGCUGCAGGAACUAUACAAAUAGCAGGACUACUUUGUAUGUGUGCAUUUUGUGAAAGGUAAUGUGUUAAACAGUUGGUGUACUAAUACCUCACAUGAUGGACAGUGUCAAAGGUGAAAGUGUUGCAAAAGUCCAUAUUAUGUUCCCUAUGUUGUAAGUUUGAACAGGCAGUGUUUGGUAUUGUUUGACCAGCUACUUCAGUAACUACUAGUGUAGAAUCUAAUGUGAUUCAGCACAAGAGCUGUAUGAUGCAGAGCAGUUCUACACCACUGCAAACUACAACUACAAUAAUAAACAUAUCACAAAAUCA